CAAGAAAUUGGGUGUUCACAAGGAAGCAUGGAGCAUGGCAUGAUUAGUGCAUGCCCAUUCCUUCUUCCCUCGCCUUUUUCUGCUUGUUGGAUUCUGUCAUCAGCAUCUGCCCUGGCAAAAUUUCACUUUGUGCCAAAAUAGCCCUUCUAUCUCUUCCAAAGAUUAUUGUUGCAACCUCUUUAAAGGUCUUUAUCUAGACCAUUCAAUUUUAAUCUAAAUUUGAUUUUGAUCCUUUGAUCAAAAUCAUCCUGAAGCUUCGAUUUCCAGUUUUUUUAUGUCGGUAGACAUUGUAGUCCAUGGAAGACAUGGUCAACAAUUGCUUCUGCCACAUUCAACCAACCUCUAAGACUUUUCCAAUUUUAUUGGAUGGUUGGAAUGGGGAAAACAAACCUUUGCAAAAAACGAUGCCUCCACCUCGCAAUACAGAAGCCUCACAUGCUUGCUUCCAUGGUUGUUGUCCUACUCCUUUUCGUGACCUUCCGGAGUCUCAAACUACAGUGAUUCCUGGCAGUGCAGAUGCGUCUCGGCAUGAUUUUGUAGUUGCCACGGUUUCUUCUCUCCAUCCAAACGCCUACUUCACCAACCAUGAAUCCCUCCCUUCUUUCAAAGAAUUAUUUGCUUGUUUUAACGAAGUGUAUCCUCAGUUUUCCCAAACAAAUUUGGGUGAUCGGAUUCGGGAUCGAGAGUAUUACCAUCUUUCCCUCUCGAAACAUGUCUGUCUUGACUACAUUGGCCAUGGCCUUUUCUCUUUCUCUCAGAUGGAAAGUCAGCACCCAGUUGCCUCUUCAUCCUCUUCUCCCCUUCCAUCGUUCCAAUCCCUUACCUUAGAACCAUCCUUUUUCAAUAUUUCUUAUAAGUCAGUCAAGCUGAAUUCUCAGAUUCUGUAUGGAAAUGGAAGCCAGGAGUUAGAAUUUGAAUCCAAACUCAAGAAAAGAAUCAUGGAUUUCAUGAAUAUCUCAGAAUCCGAUUACUUCAUGGUUUUCACAGCAAACCAGUCCUCUGCAUUUAAGCUUUUGGCAGAGUAUUAUCCAUUUCAGUCCGAUCGAGAUCUUCUCACAGUUUAUGACCAUGAAAGCGAGGCAGUGAAGGUGAUGAUUGACAGCUCUAAGAAGAAAGGAGCUCAUGUCAGUUCGGCAGAGUUCCGUCUGCCUAAUCUGGGAAUCCAAACUGCAAAAUUGAGGAAAAAAAUGGUGAGUAAGAAGAGGAAGAAGCAGAACAGAGGAUUGUUUGUUUUCCCACCUCAAUCUAGAGUGACCGGAUCGCGGUACUCGUAUCAGUGGAUGACCAUGGCUCGGGAGAACGGAUGGCAUGUUAUGUUGGAUGCGUGUGCGCUGGGGCCUAAAGACAUGGAAACUCUUGGCCUCUCCCUGUUCAAACCCGACUUCCUGAUUUGUUCCUUUUUUAAGAUUGUUGGAGAAAACCCAUCUGGGUUUGGUUGCCUGUUUAUCAAGAAAUCCAGUGCUUCGGUUUUGCAGGAUUCUACAUCUACAGGCGUAGGAAUUGUAAGUCUUGUCCCAGCAUCAGGGCCAUCUCAACUCCCUGAAGAAUCAGAGAAUGAAGAAACCCAGUUAAAGAAAACUGAAGGAACCAAUCCAAAAUCAGAAAUUAAGGAGCUAGAAACACCCUUUGAGAGUAGGAACAGUGCACUCGAAUGCCGGGGUUUGGAUCACGCAGAUUCAUUGGGUCAGAUACUGAUCAGCAUCAGGGCAAAAUGCCUGAUAAACUGGUUGGUGAAUGCGUUAAUUAGUCUCCGACAUCCAAACUCGGAAGCCAGUGUUUCAGCCGUCAAAAUCUACGGACCAAAAAUAACGUUUGACCGAGGACCCGCGGUGGCAUUCAACGUGAUAGAUUGGAAAGGGGAGAAGAUAGACCCAGCACUGGUGCAGAAACUCGCCGACCGAAACAACAUUUCCUUGAGCGUUGGACUUCUCCAACACGUCGAGUUUUCAGACAAACAUGAGGAAGAGAGGGAAAUGAUGUUUGAGAUUGGAACAGGGGAAGAAGGCGGCACUCAAAUUUCCGGCCAGAGAGGAGACAAAAUUCCUCCUCGGAUAAAUGUCGUGACGGUGACUCUCGGGUUACUGACAAAUUUUGAAGACGUAUACAGGCUUUGGGCCUUCGUUUCCAGGUUUUUGGACGCGGAUUUUGUGGAGAAAGAGAGAUGGAGAUACAAAGCUUUGAAUCAAAAGACAAUCGAAUUGUAGGCUCAAGCCCAACUCAUUCUUUCAUUCUUUCGCUGUUAGAAAAAAAAAAAUUUUUCAGUUUGGGCCGAUAUUUGCCCAAAUCUUGACACCAUUUGUUUGCGAAACCCAUGCCGAUGUGUGUGCCUACGAAAAAGGCAAAUUGGAAUAAUAAAUUUUGUUAAUGCAC